AAGUGCUGGUAGUAGAUAUAUCGCGAAAAAAUUAUAAUUUCGGAAAGUUGAUCACGUGUUCGUGAAUGCAGAAAUGGUCAUCAAAAAUAGGGGUGAAUAUGCCGAUCUAGAAGGACUUGUAGGUGGUCCGUGGCGAGCAACACACCGAUCUUCGCUGCCGCCGUCGCUGUCAUCGUUGCUGCCUCGGUGUUGUGAUUGUGUGACAGCUUCCCGGCGUUGAGCUGUUUAGCGGACCCUUCGCGCCUAGGAAGGCUAAUUGGGUGGAUAACAAAAAUGCAGGAGUGCGGUGAGGCGAGGCUCGCCGACAGUGGAAGUGACAGCGACGACGACGGCGGCGGCGGCGGUGGCGGCUCCGCUGAAAGAUCGUGCGAGGCCACCCCGCCCGGCGCUGACGUUUGCUGUUGUGUACCCAGGCCACGUCCCUGCCCCGCCCCCUCAUCAGGGGCUCGUGACCGCCGGACAUGCGCACCCUACGAGACAAAUCGAGCUGGACGACUUUAGAGACCACUCUGCGACCGGAAGCCCAGUUACAGGCGGUAUUUGUGGUACUUGUUGCUCGAAUCCUAAUAUGCGCUGGAGGUUUAUAGUGAAUUCUCAGGAUUUUAAACGUUUUAUGGGAAAUGGAGACGGAAGAAGAAAUUACGAGGCCACUUCUAGCAUUAUAGAAUGUCGCGAGGUGCAUGCUGCGGGCGACACUUUCCGGGUUGGUCUGUAUGUUUCUCUUGCAGGUUGCUUUAAGUGUAAGAGACGCAAUGAGGCGCGGUUAGGGCGGCAGUUGCAAAUGCAGCAAACGGGAUUA